CGUAGCUUCUAAACUCGUAGACCCACAAAACAUUACGACGAUGCUUCAAGGCAUACAACACGUUUCGUCUUACGCUAAGACCAAUUAUCCAAAAAUGGUACCGAUCGCACCAGUACCAGAAAAGUACGAAAUGGAAGAAAAGCCGAAGUACACCUACAAAAGUAACCCGUACGGUGCCCAAGCGGCUUCGAUUGCAAGAAGAAAUGCGCGCGAAAGAAAUCGUGUGAAACAAGUGAACGACGGAUUCAACGCAUUAAGAAAAAGAUUGCCAGCCAGUGUCGUCGCAGCAUUGUCUGGAGGCGCGCGCAGAGGGUCCGGGAAGAAACUUAGCAAAGUGGACACGCUCCGAAUGGUCGUCGAGUACAUCAGACACUUGGAAACUUUAAUUGAUGAAAGUGACCGUACUCUUGGAAUCAGGAAAGAAGAACCACUUGAGGGAAGGAUGACUGGAAUGGAGACAUCAUUCGCGUACGAGGAUGAAGGCGUUUUCAGUGGUGGCUCUCCUUACUCGGAAUCAGUGCCGUCUCCAGUCAGCUCAGAAUGUUCCUCGGGAGUGUCGUCUGGAUUUUCUCAAGUCACCAACUAUUAUCCUCAACAAUAUCAAGUGCAUCAACCCACAACGCAUAUGGGCGAGGAAGACCUACUGGAUGCAAUUUCGUGGUGGCAACACAAGUAGUAGCCGUAAUAUUUGAUCUUGCAAGUAGGUGAUUCUAGUCAGUUCUUGUAAAUAUUGUGUAUAUCAAAUUAAUAUAUUUAUUUAUUACGGCUGUGCAUAUUGUAAUUUAGAAGACUGUAUUUUUUGCGGUUAGAAAUUAAGUAGGUUAUUAUGAUGUUACGUUUAUGACAAUUAUGUAGACAAGUAUACAA